AAAGGCAACACAUGUUGUGCUCAAAGUGUGGCUCAAGUGUUGGUCCGAUAAUUGAUCCCAAGAAGUGAUCCCAAGAAGUGAUCGCAAGUGUUGUGGAAGUGAUGGCCAAAGACCAGGCGAUGGACGACCGGUUCGCUCACGUGUCGAGUGAUCCGCGCUUUCGGACGCUUCGGAAGAGCGAUAAGAAAGUGAAAAUUGAUAAACGAUUUGAUCGGAUGUUCACCGAAAAGAGGUUUAAACUGAAGUAUUCGGUCGACAAGAGGGGGAAACAGACGAAGAGUGGCGAGGAUUACAAGAAUUUGUAUGAAGUGUCGGCUGAGGAGGAAGUGGUCAAAGAGGGCGACGACGACGACGACGACAAGAAACCGGAAGAUGACGUCGAAGUGGCGGCAAAAGUGCCAAAAAAGCCACUCUUUAUGAACGCCAGAGGAUUGGAUUCGGACGAAGACAGCGAAGACGUGUCGAGUAGUAGUGAAUCGGAGGAGAGUUCCGGCGAUGAGGGCGAAGAGAUUGACCACAAGUGGAACGAAUGGGACAAAGAUGUGCCGCAAACGGAGGCGGCGACCAAACGACUGGCCAUUUGUAACAUCGAUUGGGAGCGCAUUAACGCCACGGAUCUGUUUGUUUUGAUCAAUUCGUUCAAACCGUCCGGCGGUUCAGUGCUAUCCGUGAAGAUAUAUCCAUCGGAACUGGGAUUACAGCGCAUGAAAGCGGAGGCCGAGAGCGGACCGAUUCAGUUCAUCAAAGCCGCCAAACGUGACAAACGGGACGCCAAUGAUAGCGCUGACGACACGGAUGACGACGAGUUGGACGAAGACGUGAAGGACUCGCGUAUUACCGAACAGUUGAGACAAUACGAGAUGACACGACUGCAGUACUUCUAUGCGGUGGUCGAGUGUGACAGUGAGGCCACGGCUGACGUCUUGUACGGCGAACUCGACGGCUUCGAGUACGAGAGCAGUUCGUCGACACUGGACCUCAGGUUCAUUCCCGAAGACAUGACUUUCGACGCGGAACUGACGCCCAAAUCGGAGUGCCAUUCGAUGCCCGACUUGAGUGCAUACAAAGCGCCGCAAUUCGUGAACAGCGCUCUUCAACAGAGCAAAGUCCGCAUGACUUGGGACGAGACGGACCCCAAGCGCCGGCAUGUCUUCGAGAAGGCAUUCAAGGAGGAGGACGACGACGACCUGAAGGCAUAUUUGGCCACUUCUUCCGAAGAGGAGGACGACGGGGAAGCGGUUCAGACGCCCGACUUUGCGGACGAUCCCACUCUCGGAACCAAAGAUAAGAUAAAUAAAUACAAAGAGUUAUUGAGUUCUUUGAGUGAACCGAAGGAGAGUAAGAGCGAUGAGAAAGACAUGGAAAUGGAGAUCUCGUGGGAACCGAACCUCAAGGAUGUGGUCGAAGACAUAGUCGAGAAAAAGGAGAAACAAAGAGACAGUUCUUUGUUUUACCAGACUUUGAGUAAUAUUAAAGAAAAACGGAAACAAAAGUCUAAACAAUUAGCAGAAGAAGAAAAAGAAGAAGAAGAAGACGACGAAGAAUUAGAUUCCGAGGAAUCGAGUGAUGAAAAGAUUACCACAAAAACCAAACGUAAACCUAAACACAAGAAAAAUGAUAAAAAGAAUGAGAAAUUAGAUCCAGAGUUAGAGCUCUUGCUUAUGGACUCCGACGAGAAUUCCGAUAAAAAGCACUUUAAUUAUAAAAAUAUUGUCGAAAAUCAAACAAAUGAUAAGAAAAGAAAACACGAAACGACAGACUCUUUCAAAUUCAACGCCGAAGACCCACGUUUUGGAGCCGUUUAUACGUCACAUCACUAUAACGUCGAUCCCUCUGACCCUCACUUCAAACGAACCGAAGCUUUCGAUGAGAUAAUGAGUCACUCGAAGAAGUCCAGGAAAUCGGACGAAACUCAAACCAAUAGCAAAACAAACGCCGAUAACAACGACUCGUCGAAGAGCUCGUUGACACAACUCGUGAGGACCGUUAAGAAUAAGACUCAACUUAUAAACAAUAAGAAACACAAGAAAUCGCAAAUAAAACAAAACAAAUUCAAAAGUUAAUCACAAUUUACUUAACAAUUUGUUCACUAAAUGCUAUCUUAAUCAUCAUUUUAC